AUAUAAAAUGAAUAUUCUCUGGUGUUUGCUGCCAAUCUUUGUUUUCUGUCAGGUAUGUUCAGGUGAAUAUAAGAGAGUUUGUUAUGUAGAAUCGUGGGCUCGAUAUAGACCUGCUAGAGACAGAUUCACACCAGAAAAUAUAGAUGUACAUCUUUGUACUCACAUUUUGUUUGCGUUUGCUACUCUGGAUGAUACUGGUGUUCGUUUAAAAGCUGAUGAGGACGGUGACGAUCCUUCAAUGUAUAAAAGAUUCACAGACCUUAAAAAACGAAAUCCACUCCUAAAAGCAAUUCUAUCAGUUGGUGGAUGGUCUAUGGGCUCUGCUUUAUUCCAUAAAGCUGUCGAGACUGAUUCGUCUAGACGUACAGGAGCCCAGAACAUAGUUCGGUUUCUACGCAGUCAUAAUUUUGAUGGCAUUGAUAUAGAUUGGGAGUUUCCUGGUGAUCGCGGUAGUCCCGCCGCUGAUAGACAUAAAUAUACUUUGUAUCUAAAGGCAAUUCGAAAUGCUUUUGACAAAGAAUCAAAAUCAUCAGGUAAACCGACAUUACUUUUAUCAGCUGCUCUCAAUCCCAUGCCGUCAAUGUUUGAUAAUUCAUAUGAAGUACCAGAAAUAGCCAGAUAUUUUGAUUUUAUAAAUUUGAUGUUUUAUGAUAUGCAUGGUACUUGGGAACAUGUAGUUGGACACCAUGCGCCUCUCUACCCUUCCAAAAAGGGCGAUACCAUCAAUGUGGAUUAUCUUGUCAAUGAGUGGAUUAAAAAAGGUGUUGAAAAGUCAAAAAUAAUCAUUGGUGUUCCAUUUUAUGGAAGAACGUAUACCCUAGCUGAUGCUUCGAAAUCAAAUAUCGGAGACAAGAUAACUGGUCCUGGAGUUAAAGGUCCACUAACUGGCGAUGCUGGUACACUGAGUUAUCAAGAGAUAUGUUUGUUGAUGAAUAGUGGAGUUCCUGUAAGAAGAUUAGUUGAUCAGAGAGUACCUUAUAUUGUUGAUGGUACCAGAUGGACAGGUUUUGAUGACGCAAAAAGUCUUACAGAAAAGAUGGGAUACAUAGUAAAGCAUGGUUUUGGUGGUGCAAUGGUUUGGUCUAUAGAUCAAGAUGAUUUUAACGGUAUCUGUGGUGGUGAAACCUAUCCAUUACUUAAAGCAAUGAACAGAGGACUGGGUACACGAAUAAUCGGCUGAAAUGAUUAUAAUAUAUUGAAAUAAGAAUAAAGCAGAUAUAUAUAUAUAUAU